UCGUUUAUGAAAGGAAUGGCGGUUUUCUUGAGUAGCAGUGUAAAAUUGAGAAUAUAUUUUCUGAUUAUUCUUCUAACUUCAGGGUCUUCAAGCGCUGAAGAAACAAUUGAAUUGAAACGAAAUGAUCCUAAUACUACUGUUUGGCUCACUUCAAACAAUCAUUAUUUAAAAGACAAUCAUUUGGAGUUUCAAAUAUUCUGUUAUAAGAGCAUACCCAAAACUGUUCUGCAAAUUUGGAGGAGUGUUGAUCUAAUUUUGGAAACUGCACCACUUUCAUAUGAAAUUUUCCCUGGUGUUAAUGAAUCUGAUGUCCAUCAAAAAUUUAUUUCAAAAUCUAUUUGGCAUCCUUCAUCGUGGAUUUCUGGGCAAAAAACUACAGUUAAUUUUCCAGCCUUCGCACAGUAUUGCGUUGGUAUUGCUUCUCCUGACAAUUAUGCAAUUUACUUCAAAGUCAGAACGGCUAAUUAUUGGAAGCUUUUACAGACUUUACUUGGAAUAUUACUUUUUAUAAGUGCUCCAUCUUUAAGUCGAAAUUCUUUCUUUCAUUAUACAUCAGCUGUAUCUCUUGGAGUCUUAGGAUCACUUCUUGUUCUAAUUUAUAUCUUUAGUAGGUUCAUUCCAAAGAAAUCCACUUCCUAUGCCAUCUUGGUCUUUGGAUAUUCCUUCAUUCUGUACAUUCUUCAAUUGCUAUAUAAAGAUCUGAAUGAAAUAGUUGCUAAAUAUAUGGAUUUGCUCUUGGCAUAUUGUCUUGUUGCUGCUUUCAUCAGUUUUAUUGUAUGUUAUAGACUAGGACCAGUGCAAAAUGUCAGAACUUUUAAUAUAAUACAGUGGUCUAUGCAGAUUAUUGCAGCAUUGUUAAUUUACCUGAGUUCUGAAUAUCGAGAAGUGUCUACAGCUAUAAUCCUGAUUCUAAUAACAGUACGUGUUAUUCCAACUGGAUGGAUUACUAGAUUUCAACGUAUAUGGUAUCGUUUAUUUCCUCCCAAAGUAAAGCUUCUUACAGAGUUAGAAUUUAUUGAGCAGGGCCAUGUUGAAACUAAAAAAGCAUUAGAAAAUCUUAGGAAAUACUGCAGUAGUCCAGAUUGUAAUGUUUGGAAAACAGUUACAAGAUUAAAAGAUCCGAUCAGAUUUGCCGAGUUUAUUGAAACAGGCAGUCACUAUACUGAUCAAGAGUUGCUGCAAUAUAAUUCUGAAGAUUUUGAUGAAAAUGAUGAUGAAGAAAGUGAUACAGAGCCUUUAGAAAGCAGCUAUAUGGGAAAUCAAAGAAAUGGCUAUUUCAGCUACAGAUGAUAAAGAUUGUAAUUUAGCAUUCUUUAUUUUAUUUGGUCAUUGUAAAUAAUCAAAUUCUUCAUGGAACAUUUAUCAUUAAUUUUUUCAUUCUAGAGUUGUCAUAAUCAUCAAUUAAUUCACAAUUCAGCUAUCAUAUAUUGAAACAAUUGAGAGAAUCCUAGAUUUAAUUUGUUGAAAAAAUCCUUAAUAACAAUAUUUAUUAUAAAAUAUAAAGUUAGUAUAAAAAAUAUGAUUUCAAAAUGUUGCAUGUUAUGCUUAGUAAAAAAUGUUCUGGUCAUUGAUAAUGUAAAACAGUGUCUUGUGAUACUAUACUAGAAAUUAGAGAAAUGAAAAUAUUGCAUGUUAAUUUUUUUCUGUUUAACAAAAUUGCAGACAUUAGUAAAAAAAAUGGGUAUCUAACAUUUUAUUAUUUUAGCUUCUAUGAACAAAUAUGGAGUGGAAGAGUAUUUUUAAUAUUUAUUUGAUUUAUUGGAAACAACUGUUCAAUAGUUUUUAAUUAUCAGUAUAUUGAAUUUGCUAAUAAUUUGUAAAAUGAUCUAUUUUUGCAUGACAUAUCCUACAAUCAUCAUUGAAUUUCAAAUAUCAUUUUUUCUUUUGAGCUAGAAAAUUUCAUGGAGUUGUGAAAAG